CGUCUUAUGAAGUACAUGCUGCGACACCACGACCACCGUCAAAGCGCUCCAUUUUCACCUUUCCCGCCGUAACCUGUUGUCAAUUGCCCAACAUGAACUACGGCAAAAAGGAUGAAGAUGCCGACACCGGCUUGAUCAGGGUUGACAGGACCCAGGUCUUCCAGGAAGCGCGUCUGUUCAACAGCUCGCCCAUACAGGCCAGAAAAUGUCGAAUUCUCCUGACCAAGAUCGCUCUCCUCCUCUACACUGGCGAGAAGUUCCCCUCCAACGAAGCCACCACCCUCUUCUUCGGUAUCUCGAAACUCUUCCAGAACAAAGAUGCCAGCUUGCGACAGAUGGUCCACCUCGUCAUCAAGGAGCUGGCACACUCCGCUGAGGAUAUCAUCAUGGUCACUAGCACAAUUAUGAAAGAUACUGGCGGCAGCACCGAUGUCAUCUAUAGACCCAACGCUAUUCGGGCCCUGUGCCGUAUUAUCGAUGCGACCACUGUCCAGUCUAUCGAGCGUGUCAUGAAGACUGCCAUUGUCGAUAAGAACCCUUCCGUGUCCUCGGCCGCCCUCGUUUCCUCCUAUCACCUCCUUCCCAUCGCGAAAGAUGUCGUCCGGCGGUGGCAGAGCGAGACACAAGAAGCUGCGGGCAGUGCCAAAUCCUCGGGCGGGUUCUCUCUAGGCUUCACGUCUUCCUCUAGCCAGCUGCCCGUCAACAACUCGACCAUGACACAGUACCACGCCAUCGGACUCCUGUACCAGAUACGCUCCCACGACAGGAUGGCCCUAGUCAAGAUGGUACAGCAGUUCGGGGCUGCUGGGGCCGUCAAGAGCCCGGCUGCCAUUAUAAUGCUUGUGCGCCUUGCAGCGCAGCUGGCUGAGGACGACCCUGGCCUGAGGAAGCCCAUGAUGCAGCUGCUGGACGGAUGGUUGAGGCACAAGAGCGAGAUGGUCAACUUCGAGGCGGCCAAGGCCAUCUGCGAUAUGCGGGACGUGACCGAUGCUGAAGUCUCUCAGGCCGUUCACGUCCUUCAGUUGUUCCUGACAUCCCCUCGUGCCGUCACCAAGUUCGCCGCGCUCCGCAUCCUCCACAACUUCGCUUCCUUCAAGCCGCAAGCCGUCAACGUCUGCAACCCUGACAUUGAGCUUCUGAUUUCCAACAGCAACCGCUCUAUCGCAACAUUUGCCAUCACGACUCUCCUGAAGACCGGUAACGAAGCUAGCGUCGACCGGCUGAUGAAACAGAUUUCGGGCUUCAUGUCGGAGAUCACGGACGAGUUCAAGAUCACCAUCGUCGAAGCUAUCCGGACACUGUGCCUCAAGUUCCCCAGCAAGCAAGCCGGCAUGUUACAGUUCCUCAGCGGUAUCCUCCGUGACGAGGGUGGCUACGAUUUCAAGCGCGCUGUUGUCGAGAGCAUGUUCGACCUGAUCAAGUUCGUUCCCGAUUCCAAGGAGGAAGCUCUUGCACACCUGUGCGAGUUCAUCGAGGAUUGCGAGUUCACAAAGCUGGCAGUUCGUAUAUUGAACUUGCUGGGUCUGGAGGGGCCAAAGACAUCACAGCCGACAAAGUACAUCCGCUACAUAUACAACCGCGUUGUGCUGGAGAACGCCAUCGUCCGUGCGGCUGCAGUGACAUCUCUGGCAAAGUUCGGUGUAGGCCAAAAGGACCCCGAGGUCAAGAGGAGCGUGCAGGUCCUGCUCACCCGCUGUCUCGAUGAUGUCGAUGAUGAGGUCAGAGAUCGCGCUGCUCUAAACCUCAGGCUGAUGAGUGAGGAGGACGAGAUGGCCGAGAAAUUCGUCAAGAAUGACAGCAUGUUCUCUCUUCCGUACUUCGAGCACCAACUUGUCAUGUACGUCACAUCAGAUGACAAGUCAACGUUCGAGUCAGCCUUCGAUAUCUCCAAGAUACCUGUUGUCACCAGGGAACAGGCAGACGCCGAAGACAGGACCAAGAAGCUCACAGCGUCAACGCCAUCGCUCAAGCCGCCAAAGGUCGCGCCGACAAAGGCCGCACCGAGUGGAGCAGAAGCUGCGGCAUCUGCUACUGCGGCGGCCCAGCAGUACGCUCAAGAGCUAAUGGCCAUCCCCGAGAUGAAGGAGUUCGGCAACCUGCUCAAGUCGUCGGCUGUUGUUGAGCUGACAGAGGCUGAGACCGAAUAUGUCGUCAAGGUGGUCAAGCACAUAUUCAAGGAGCACAUUGUUCUACAAUACGACAUUACAAACACCCUGGACUCCGUACUGCUGGAGAACGUGUCAGUUCUUGCAUCACCGGCCGAGGAUGAAGAGCUCGAAGAGGUUUUCAUCAUUGAGGCGGAAAAGCUCAACCAGAAUGAACCCGGCAAGGUCUAUGUGGCGUUCAAGAAAACCGCUGGCGAGGGUGCACUUCCCGUCACUUCCUUCUCCAACACACUCAAGUUCACUAGCAAAGAGAUCGACCCCACGACGAAUGAGCCAGAAGAUACCGGCUACGAUGACGAGUACGAGGUGGCCGAAUUUGACCUGGUCGGUAGCGACUAUGUGAUCCCAACCUACGCCAGCAACUUCGCGCACCUGUGGGAGCAGGUCGGCGCCUCAGGCGAAGAGGCAGAAGAAACGCUCCAGCUCGGCAGCAUGAAGAGCAUAGCAGAGGCCACCGAGCAGCUCACCAAGGUCCUUUCCCUGCAGCCCCUGGAGGGCACCGACGUGCCCGUCAACCAGACGACACAUACGCUCAAAUUGCUCGGCAAAUCCGUCAGCGGCGGCAAGGUUGUGGCCAAUGUUCGCAUGGCUUUCUCGACCAAGUCGGGCGUCACCACAAAGAUCACCGUGCGCGCCGAAGAAGAAGGCGUUGCGGCCCUUGUGGUGGCUUCUGUUGCCUAAAUAGCAUGACGCUGGUAGGAGUUGGGAAGGAGAAUGAGCUUUGCUUCGGGCUUUGUCGGUGGAUUGCGGAGAGGGAGAGAGAACCUUGGCGAGGAGAGAAGGUAGAUGACUCCUUCUCUCUACCGUGCGUGUCUUAGGUCCGGCGUGGCAUCCCCGUGGCGCAAGGUUCCUUGACGGGGGAGGGGGGCGUCUCUUGACUUGCUUGCUUGGUUGUAGACUGCAGGAAGCCAGGUAGGGCCCGAAUCUUUAAAAGAACCCUGAUCCUAUUUUUGUUUGUUGUGUUUUUUGGUCUUAUAUACAUAUAAGAGGAAUUGAUUGGUAGGAUGAGGAAUGGAUGGGGUCUAGCAUGCAAUGAUGGACGAGCCAAAAUUGAGUGUUUUUUGCCCACUUGGAAUGAAUGGACCAGCUUUCUCAACCCGACUAUUUGGUGCAGCAGGUCGAUUUUGCCUGGCAAGAGUAGCAGACUCUCAUGCUGAUAUCAGAAUCACGAAAAAGCAUCACU